GAACUUCCUCCCACGGUAGCUUCCGCGGCUCAAAGCCUGCGUACCGACCCUCAGCGGGAGCCUGGGACCCCCCACCGGCGGGCGUGGUGGUGGGGCCACUGGAGGCCUGAAUCGGGUGGCGUUCUGGCGUGAGGAAGCGAGCUCUGCGACCCUGCGAAAUGGAUGGGGCAGAAGGUAGCACGGGCCCAGCGGAGCGAUCCCACCGAAGCAGCGUUUCCUCUGUGGGAACCCGAGCGGCUGAUGUGCUGGUGUACCUGGCUGAUGACACGGUAGUGCCCCUGGCCGUGGAGAACCUGUCCUCUGUCAGUGCCCAUGAGCUGCACCGCGCAGUCCAUGAAGUCCUGCAGCUUCCAGAUGUGGCCCUGGAGGCCUUUGCACUCUGGCUCGUUUCCCCUCUUCUGGAAGUGCAGUUGAAACCCAAGCACCAGCCCUACAAGCUGGGCCGCCAGUGGCCGGAGCUGCUGCUGCGCUUCACGGAUGCCACAGAUGACGAUGUGGCCAUGGAUGAGCCUUCCCUUCAGUUCCGAAGGAAUGUAUUUUUCCCAAAGCGCCGAGAGCUCCAGAUCCAUGAUGAGGAGGUCUUGCGGCUCUUCUAUGAGGAAGCCAAGGGCAACGUGCUGACUGCUCGGUACCCUUGUGACCUGGAGGACUGUGAGGUGCUGGGUGCCCUCGUGUGCCGUGUGCAGCUUGGGCCCUAUCAGCCUGGCCAGCCUGCUGCCUGCACUCUGAGCUGGCUCUAUCUUUCCUGGGUUUGUCCUUUCCUUCUGCCCACAGGGCCCACCCUGUGUUAUAGCCCCCAGGUCCUCUUUCCCCUGUUCAGUCAGGUGUUACCAUCCCGGAGUUUCUACCCUCCAUCCCCCCAGGGCAGGCUUUUGUUUACCCCUCAGUCACCCAAACUGCUCAAGCUUCCGAGUGCCCAGAGUAGUCUCCUGUGUGUGACACGAGUGCCUUUCAGGUGUGCCUUCUUCCAUGGUGAGGUCGACAAGCCAGCCCAAGGCUUCUUGCAUCGUGGUGGGCGCAAACCAGUUACCGUGGCCAUCAGUCUGGAGGGUGUGCACGUCAUCGACAGCAAGGAGAAGCAUGUGCUGCUGGGGCUGCGCUUCCAAGAGCUGUCAUGGGACCACACUUCCCCCGAGGAGGAGGAGCCUGUGCUGUGGCUAGAGUUCGAUGGUGACAGUGACGGCACACCUGUCAACAAGCUCCUGAGGAUCUACUCCAAGCAGGCUGAGCUGAUGAGUGGCCUCAUUGAGUAUUGCAUUGAGCUGAGCCAGGCUGCUGAGUCCACUCUGCCCCAGGAUAGCGCAUCUGGUCCUCAGGAAGCUCCCAGCCCCUCUCCACCUCCCACUCAGCGCCCCAAGCUACGGAGGCAGGGAAGCGUGGUGUGUAGCCGGCUUCAGCAUCUCUCCACCAUCGACUAUGUGGAAGACGGCAAGGGGAUCAAGCGGGUGAAACCAAAGCGCACCACAUCCUUCUUCAGCCGACAGCUCUCCACCAGCCAGGGCAGCUACACUGUGGUACAGCCCACUGACAACAGCCUGGUGCAGAGCUGAGGGAAGCCAUGCUGACGUCUGGGCGCCCCAGACCUGAACAGGCACUGCCCCAGGCAGGACCAAGCCACACUAGUACAGAGGCUGUGGGCCCGGGGCUGUGCUGUACACGGCCUGCUGGAAAAGUGAUGAACAAGCCUUCCCUGAGCCUGCCGGGAAGAGCUGGCCUGCAGCACUUUCUACAGCUUCCUCCUCCUGAACUCCAGGCCCAGCAGCUGCCUGAGACCCCAGCUGCCCCUCCUGCUUUUCCUGAAGGGACUGCUGGCAGUUCCGGUGGCAGGGGACUGAAGUUGGAGCUCAGGACCUGCCAGUUCAGUGUUUGCCUUGGUCUCCGGGACCCUGGUGGCCUUAUCUUGUUUUCCUUCUGUUGACAUUCCAUCCACACAGCCUCUUGAGGGUGAGUGGAACUGGAGGAAGGCUCUGCAGGUGGAGGCUGAGCAGACAGGCUGCCUUCCUGUGGCCUAUGUUGCCUGCCUCUGGGCUGGAUUGUGGCUGUCCUCGGGACUGGCUCCGCACGGGAAAAGCCUUUUCAACUCCCUGGACUUGAAUGGCUCUGUCCCACACCUGCCAACCCUGUUUUCCUGCGAUUUGGGUCUCAGGGUGUUAGACUUUGUCUUGUCUCAUCUGCUUUGAGUGGUUAAAGCCUGGGACCUGCAAUCCCAGCAGUUCCCUUGCUAGUGUCAGCACUGCGCUUUGUGCUCCCUGAGGCCUGCACACUAGCACAAGCCUUUUCUCCUAUGGAUGCUGUAAAGGGGCCCAGCUCUGCUCCCUUUCUGUUCUAGAGAGGAGCUGGUCCAGGGAGGGGUGCUUUCCAGACCCUUAGCCCCUCCAUGGUGAGUAUGUGGCUCUUAGUACUUCCUGGGAGUUCCCACAGGGUUUCAAAGACACAGAACUUUGUCUUCUCAGUGCAAAGCCGCAGAAAUGCAGCCCUUCAUAUUUCUCUAAGCGGAAGGAGCUUACCUGCCCAGUGAGCUCCAGCCGUCUCUGCAGCAGAGAAGGGAACGGCUGCCUUGGCUUAGGGAAUGUCUGUAGCGUCAUGUCACCUCCACUGUAGUCGAUCCUCUUGGAGUCAUGUGCCUUCCCAGAGCUACCAGCCACACACGACAACAGUCUUGGUCAUCUCGACUGCUGUGGAUGGCUCCAGGUGUGCUGCGUGAGGGGCCAGGACGUGUGUGUGUGUGCACACACAAACUAUGCAUUUCCUUAAGCAUCACUUGUGCCUUAAUCUUCUGGGACAGUGUGACUAAAUGUCCCGAGUGCCCUCAGACUUUCCUGUCACUUGACUUAUAAUUAAAAUCAGUGC